AUGAAUGCUUGCCUGGAAUGUUACCUCCUCGGAACGCGCCCGCCGAGGCCUGGCGGUGACCGGGAAGCCCACUCGGCCCGUGUGCCCGCUCAGCCCGUGUGCCCGCUCAGCCCGUGUGCCUGCUCAGGCCCCGUGUGCCCCGCUCAGGCCCCGUGUGCCCCGCUCAGGCCCCGUCCGCCCACUCAGGCCCCGUCCGCCCGCUCAGGCCCCGUGUGCCCGCUCAGCCCGUGUGCCCGCUCAGGCCCCGUGUGCCCGCUCAGCCCGUGUGCCCGCUCAGCCCGUGUGCCCGCUCGGCCCGUGUGCCCCGCUCAGGCCCCGUGUGCCCGCUCAGGCCCCGCUCAGGCCCCGUGUGCCCGCUCAGGCCCCGUGUGCCCGCUCAGCCCGUGUGCCCGCUCAGGCCCCGUGUGCCCCGCUCAGGCCCCGUGUGCCCGCUCAGGCCCCGCUCAGGCCCCGUGUGCCCGCUCAGGCCCCGUGUGCCCGCUCAGGCCCCGUGUGCCCCGCUCAGGCCCCGCUCAGCCCGUGUGCCCGCUCAGGCCCCGUGUGCCCGCUCAGGCCCCGUGUGCCCCGCUCAGGCCCCGCUCAGGCCCCGUGUGCCCGCUCAGCCCGUGUGCCCGCUCAGGCCCCGUGUGCCCGCUCAGGCCCCGUCCACCCCGCUCAGGCCCCGUGUGCCCGCUCAGGCCCCGUGUGCCCGCUCAGGCCCCGUCCGCCCGCUCAGGCCCCGUGUGCCCGCUCAGGCCCCGUGUGCCCGCUCAGGCCCCGUGUGCCCCACUCAGGCCCCGUGUGCCCGCUCAGGCCCCGUGUGCCCGCUCAGGCCCCGUGUGCCCGCUCAGGCCCCGUGUGCCCCGCUCAGGCCCCGUGUGCCCGCUCAGGCCCCGUCCGCCCGCUCAGGCCCCGUGUGCCCCGCUCAGGCCCCGUCCUCCCCGCUCAGGCCCCGUGUGCCCCGCUCAGGCCCCGUCCUCCCCGCUCAGGCCCCGUGUGCCCGCUCAGGCCCCGUGUGCCCGCUCAGGCCCCGUGUGCCCGCUCAGGCCCCGUGUGCCCGCUCAGGCCCCGAGUGCCUGCUCAGGCCCCGUGUGCCCCGCUCAGGCCCCGUGUGCCCGCUCAGGCCCGUGUGCCCGCUCAGGCCCCGUGUGCCCGCUCAGGCCCCGUCCGCCCGCUCAGGCCCGUGUGCCCCGCUCAGGCCCCGUGUGCCCGCUCAGGCCCGGCCCGGCGGCUGAGGGGCCCCUGCCCGGCCUCCGCCUCCCUCUGGGAGCUGGCGGGAUCCCGCAGGACCUGGCCCAGGUCCCCCCCCACUCGCCCCUGUGCCAGGAGGAUGGUUGCCCUCAUGCCGUGCCCUGCGCCUUCACCCUGGUCCUGCAGGGCGCUGCCUGUGCAGGCCCCGGCCUGGAAUCUUCUAGGCCCUGCCCGCCGGCUCCCCGGCCCCGCCCGUCCCCGACCCCAUGGUCGGCUGUCCACGCGCCGGGCGGCGAUCCUCUCUGCGCCGCGGCCUCCCGGUGGCGCGUGGCCCCUGCCAGCACUGGCCUCGCGGGCCCCGUCCUUCUCUGGAGCCUGGCCGGGCCGCCCGCCCCCCCGGCCUCCCUCUCCCGGCAGCGCCUGGGUGGCCGUGUCUCCUUGGCCGCCAUCUUGGCUGGGAAGUGCCUUGGGGUGCUUCCAGCUGUCCGCCCCCGGCGGCUGGUGUGGAGAGGAAUACCUGGGGGCCGGAAGUCAGCCCCCGUGAGCCUGCGGGGCCGGAUCCUUCUGGAGGCUUCCGGGAAGGCCAGCACAGGUGGCCUGGCUCCUCCCCCCGCAGCCUCCCACCCGUCCUCCGUGGGUCCCCGGCCCCCUGACUGCACCCUCCCGCCGCCCUCGGCCAGGGUGUCAGGCUUCGCCCCAUCUCGGGAUUUCUGUCCCCUCUGCAAGGCCCCUCUUAAGGGGAGCAAGUCACUGGCCGCUCCCGUUCGACGGCUGGAGCCGCAGCUCGGCCUCCCGCUCUUUGCUGGUUCACCGGAGCUGAGGCUCACGUGCUGGGCAGACCUCUCACUCCCGAGUGGCUGCGACCACAGGGGUGCGCCGUCCGUGCCCAGCCUUCAGCCUGACAGUGGGCGUCAUUCCGCCUCGAGAGCCUGUGGCCGCAGCGACGGGCUCAUGGCCGACGGCCCCUACCCGAGGCACCGGCGGCCCGGGCCGCGCCAGGCUCCGUUCCGGGUUCCUGAUUGCGGCCAGCCGGGCCCGGGAGCGGGCUCUCCCCCCACCAGUGUCACCAUCGCGCCCCUCACCGAGGCGACGGAGGAGUCAGGGCCUCGGGCCCUGCCAGCACCAGAAAUAGAAACGGGCCGUUCCUGCCCCGCGGCCGAGCGCGCGGCCGUGCCCAGCCUCCUCCUCAGCAAAUCCAACUCUAACGCAAUCGAGGGCAGUAAACAUCGUAGCCAUCAGUAUCGGGGCUCCUUUUCCUCCCUCGCGGGGGUCACGCAUGGAGACCGGGUGGCCUUCCGCAGCCCCCAGACCCCGGCCUGGGCUUCUCCCGGCUCUCCACUGCUUCCCCGUGCUCUUCCCCCGAACCUUCCCCUCCCUGUGUCCUUCUGGGGAUGGAGCUCCCAAGCACAGAGACCACGCGUGGCUCCGUGUGGCCGGGUCUCCGUGGGCUGGGCCCCCGUGGGCUGGGCCCCCGUGGGCUGGGCCCCCGUGGGCUGGACCUCCAUGGGCUGGACCUCCGUGGGCUGGGCCCCCGUGGGCUGGGCCCCCGUGGGCUGGGCUGUGGAAAUGGAGAUACAGCCCUGCGUGCGAGCGCCUUCCGAGAACGCAGCGGCCACGGCGCCGGCCACGGCCGUUAAGGGGCUGCCGUGGCUGUGCGCCUCGUCCCUAGGACCAAAGAUCCGCGCCCUGUGCGCGGGGCCCUGGCGGCUGGGCGGGGAGGAGGGGGAAGCCCAGCCCGCCCGGCUCUCUGAGAGCCAGCACCUUUCCUCCGUGAACCGACCUCUGCACGGGCCACGCGCUGCCGCCGCUGUGCUGAGCAGCGAGUGCGGGUCGGGCGGGCGCGUGGCGGACGGCCAUGCUGCGGUGCGGGUGUCUGUGAGCCCGUGCCGCCCUGUGCCCCUGGGCACGUACCUGCAGGGAAGAGGCAGCCCGGCGGGGUUUCGGGGUGCAGCCGGGCACAGCGGCAGCGUCGGGGUCCCCGGGAGGGCGGUGGAGCUGGGGGAGCAGGCCCGUGUCUGCCCCACGCCGGCCGGAGAGUCUCUAUUGUCUUCCGUGCCACCUCCCUCCCCCAGCCCCUCCGGCCACCACGGGCCCUCUGCCCGUCUCCAUGGCUACUGUUGA